AAUUAUUUGUAAUAAUUUAUCUACUUAACAGUGUAAAAUUUGCAAAAAUAAAAUAUGGCAAAAAUUGGAGAUGUGUGCGAUACACGUUGUCAAUUAUUUUGUAACGAUAGAAUAAGAAAAGAAAACACAAUACGGAUAAAAUGGUUUUUAAAGAACCAAAAACGACUAAUAGAUCAGUUAAAAGAACCAAAAUUCACGAAACGCGCCAGGGAAAUAAUUGAGGAGUCUAAAAAACGAGAGGCAGCUCGCGUUGAUAGACCUAUCAUACAACGAAAACCCUUACCCCUUUGGAGACCACCUAAAUCCGACGAUUCUAUCAAUAUGAAUAUCAUGAAACUGAUUGAACCCAAUGUAAAAGCUAUACUUUACGAAAAAGGAAUCCCAACUUUUAUUACAAUUCAUAAUUAUCUGACUGAAAGAUAUAAAAAACCUCCCGAGGAGCGUUUUUAUUUUCCCGAAUGUACAAAUUGGAUAUACGGUUGGCGUCUCGAUGAUUACCCUCCCGUUCCACUUAGCAAAGUAGGUCUGAAAUCCGUUAUGUUAGCACAAUUUUAUCAGGGUAAGGCGUUCAAUCUGGAGCAAGAUCCAAAAUGGUUUCGUGGCUGUCAAAAGAAAAAUGCGAGGAAUUUCGAUGAAUCGUUAAUAUAUUAACUUAGUAGUUAAUCUAACUUUUGUACAGAGAAUUAUAAAUAUAUCUAUGUUGCUAGAGAACGGUUAUAUUCAUAUAUUUUGAUAUUGUAUUUCUUGUUUGUUACAUAAU